GUGGAUGCCAUGCUUGCAAGGAUGGACGAGCUCAUGGCCAUGGCUGCGCACUUAGAGUCAGUUCACUUCUGCGAUACACAAGCUGCGCCGGAGGCAUCGGCGAUAUCCGAUUCACAGCGUACCGCCACGAUCAAGGAGCUCUUUCAGCGCUCCCGCGAGGCAGACGAAGUUGCAAAGUUGGCAAAGCUCGUCUCCCUGCAGUCCAUCCAGCUGGAGGUCAGCGGCCAGCGAACCCAGGCAGCCGAACAGCGGUGCGAGGCACUGGAGCAGCGUGCCAGAGCUGCAGAACACUGCGUCGAAGUGCUGGAGGCAGAGCUGGCACUGCGACGCCGUCGUGCCGAAGUGCUGGAGCUCCACAGAAGGAGCUACUGUCGGGUCACAUCCAGAACCUGCACCCGGAAAAGGAGAGCCAAGAGGACCUAGCACAUCCAGAGUUCUCUGGCCGUCAGUUUCCUCCGCUCAUCCCGUGUGCAUUUGCUGUCUUCGUCGUCCUCAGCAAAGCAACAGUUGCUUUUCCAGGUGAAGCAUCCGAAAAAGAGGCCGCGAUACGUAUCGCGGCGUUUGAGAAAGCGAACGAGUGGAUCAAAUUGGUGGUGGGAGAGCUCAAGAGUCACGCGAAUUUGCAAGCGGACACGUCUCCUCCAGGCCUCGAGGCGACCCUCUUAGUCUACAGAGGCACCAGCGCAACAGCAGCGCUGGACUCCAAGACGUGCGAGAAUCCAGGUGCCGUCAAGGUGAGAUGGGCAAAUUGGCAGUUGCAGUCGGGAUUGCAGCUGCAAUUCGAGCGAGCGCUCGAAGCCACACCGAUGAAGGAAAUUCCAAACGGACAUUCCUCGGCUCCGACACCGCGCUUUCCUGUGACAGGAGUCCAACAGAGCGCUCGACGAACAUUACCUGCUCGAGUCGAGACGGCAAGGAGACCAUGGCAGGCCAACACCUGGAACGUGGCCUUUCCUUGUGCCUGGAAGGGGCGAAGGGCAAGUGAGGGGUGGCAGGGUUGCCCAGUGUCGUCGAACUUGUAG